AUGGGGAAGGGGAAGGGGAAGAAGAAGGCGAAAGAGAAGGGGUCUUCGUCCGCUGCUAUAGGACCGGAGGAGUCCAUGUUGUUUGUGUUCCGUAACAGCAAAGACCAGCUGGAGGUCCAUCGAAAAGCCCUUCAAAUGCUUAAUAGCAUCAAUGGGCCCAUUAUUGUGGUCUCUGUUUGCGGAAGCGCUAAGCAAGGCAAAAGUUACCUUCUGAAUAAGCUUUUCCAAGGACAUGCUGAAUUUCUAGUUAAAUAUCCAUGUAAGAAUGGUCUUCGCUUGAGUAAACCAAUCCAGAAAACUACUUCAAAUGGAACCAAAUAUAAUAUUUUGGUGAUAGAUACCGAAGCAAUUGAUCAAAUAGGAACAUACAACACUGAAAUAUUUUCUUUGGCCAUACUUCUAUCAAAUCUGAUCAUUUACAAUCAGAUGGGUGGUAUUAAUGAAGCUGCUUUGGAUAGGCUAGCAUUUGUCAUACAAAUGACAGAGCAUAUAAAAAAUAAAGCGGAGAAAGCAAAAGACAUUGAUAGAAAACUUGGAUCACAACAUUUUGUCUGGUUGCUUAGGAUCGCAUUGCUAACUUCUAAAGUCUUCCGUCAAACAAAACAGGACUUUUACUUGAAAUCAGAAAGAUACAUGGAGUUUGCACUGGCUAAUGUUAAAGGUGAUGGAAAUGAUGUAUCUACUAAAAAUGAGAUUAGGAAUUCCAUUUGUGCUUAUUUUCCCAAGAGGUACUGCUUUACUCUAGCGCCACCUUGGAUUGAAAAGAAAGACUUGCAAAAGGAGGAACCUGGGCCAGAAUUCAUGAAAGAUAUUUAUCUCUUAGAGACUUUGUGCUCAAACAAGUCGAGGAUCAAGUUCAUAGUUUCACGGAAGCAAGGGGUGAAAAAACUUAUGCUGAAGCUGUUAAGUUUUAUAUGUCUGGUUUUGCCUCCGACCCUUUUCCUUCUUUUUGAAAAUGCUGCAAAGAAAAUUCAGGAAUCCACACCUAAAUUUAAUAAUCCUACUAUUCAAGUAACACAUGUGAAGCAUUUUCAACAGUUUAUUGAAAGGGAAUUGCAGGUAGUCUACUAG